UUACAGAGUAUAUGACUUUAUAAGUACUAGCGUUGGCUUCCAAUUUGUAAGUUCUCACUGAAAUUGACAGAGCAAGAUACUCGGAGGCCUUAAGUAAACCAUUGACCAAAUCAACCUAGUGGUAUUUCAAAACAGAGCACCUUAAGGAAUUUUACCGAGUAAAUUUAACAAGUCUUGACUAAACCAAUUCUAUUCCUAUUCAAAUUUAUUGGCACACCGCCAUACAGCUGGACCUAAUCCCAUUUUCGUAAAUAACUUCAAUUAAUAUACAUGGCCCAAUAUCUUCAACCCUAUAAAUACUAAGACAAUCCCUUAUAAUUCUGACAACCAAAAACACAAGCUAUUAAAAAAAAAAAUGGUGAAGUAUACAUCCUUUUUUAGAGCUAUUAUUUUCUUCUUUUCUAGAAUUCUUCAUGAACAUUACAAAACCCCUAAGUAUCUUCAUAGAAAAGUAAUCAAUGUUCUUAAUACUACUCAAAUCAAGCUUAAAUACCCUUCCUUUAUUGGAUCAAAUGAGCUAUUAUCAAGUGAUAGUGAAGAUGAUCAAACUUUGAUCUUUAAUGUGGAGGAAACUUUGUUAAGAUCAUCAUCUAUGUUCCCUUACUUCAUGCUUGUCGCGUUUGAAGCUGGGAGUCUCUUAAGGGCAUUGCUCCUCCUUGUCUUGUACCCUUUCAUUUGCAUGUUUAGCAAGGAAAUGGGGUUAAAGAUGAUGGUUAUGGUUAGCUUUUGUGGGAUCAAGAAAGAUGGUUUUGUGGUCGGAAGAGCGGUUUUGCCUAAGUUUUUCCUUGAAGAUGUAGGGUUAGAAGGGUUUGAAGUGGUGAAAAAGUGUAAGAGGAAAAUGGGUGUAAGUAACUUACCUCAUGUGAUGGUUGAGAGCUUUGUGAAAGAGUAUUUAGAGGUUGACUAUGUUGUUGGAAAAGAGCUAAAAGUUUAUAAUGGAUAUUUUAUUGGUUUAAUGGAAGAUAAUAACAAGAAGAUAGAUAAUGUGCAUGAUCUUAAGCACAUGUUAGGAGAAGGUGAAAUUAAGGGUUCUAAGGUUAUUGGUAUAAGUGGCACCAAAGCAUCCCUAACUCAUCCAUUUUUUCGCUUUUGCAAGGAAAUUUAUCUAACGAAUGAAGAAAUGAAGAGGAAAUGGCAAGCACUACCAAGUGAGAACUACCCAAAACCAUUGAUAUUUCAUGAUGGAAGAUUGGCUCUUAGACCAACACCAACAUCCACUUUAGCCCUAUUUAUGUGGCUACCUUUUGGAAUAAUCCUUGCCAUUUUUAGAGGUGUUAUUGCUUUAACCCUUCCACAAAGAAUAGCUACUCCAAUCCUAACAUUCACUGGCAUAAGGCUCUUAACAAGUGCAACAACUUCGAACCCGAAAUCAUCUUCCAAAGGUGAUAAAAAGGGUCAGCUCUAUGUUUGCAACCAUAAAACAUUGUUAGACCCACUUUUCCUCUCCUAUGCACUUAGCAAGCCACUAACCGCGGUUACAUACAGCCUAAGUAGGGUAUCGGAGAUCCUAGCACCAAUUAAAACUGUCCGAUUGACACGUGAUCGCGAUCAAGACGGGAACAUGAUGGAGAAGCUCCUAAAUGAAGGGGAUUUAGUUGUUUGCCCUGAAGGGACAACAUGUAGAGAACCAUUUCUCUUAAGGUUUAGUCCCUUGUUUGCUGAAAUGGAUGACAAAAUUGCCCCUGUGGCAAUGGAUUGUCAUGUGACCAUGUUUUAUGGAACAACUGCUAGUGGUCUCAAAUGUUUGGACCCUAUUUUCUUCCUAAUGAACCCACGUCCUAGCUACACUGUCCAGUUGCUUGAAACCGUUUCCGGCUUGUCUACGUGUCAAGAUCGUAGCCAAUCGAGGUUCGACGUGGCCAAUCAUGUACAAAGAGAGAUUGGAGAGUCUCUCAAUUUCCAGUGCACUACACUUACAAGGAAGGACAAGUACUUGAUUUUGGCCGGUAACAACGGAGUUGUAUAAUUAGAGAGUUGCUGUAUUUGUAUAUUGUUAAUUACUUAUAAGUUUAUUUAUUUAUUAAUUUUGAUAGUAUUAGUAUGUUACUUACAAGCUACAACCAAAGCUUAUACUAGGAUUAGUUUUUCUACUUAAUUAUCAAGAUCACAUUAGUUUAUUUACAACUCUGU